UUCGGGUGCAGACAAGCCAAUAUAUUCGGGAGACUUUAGGAAUUGUCCUGCAAGGAAGGGCCUGAUUAGAUUCGAAGCGCUUCCGGGCGGAGGCUGGGACAAUCUUCGUAAUGUUGACAUGGGGCAAGUCGCCUUGAUGAACUACAGCAGGUGCCUGAUGACAGAAGAUGAUGUAUCUUUGAUCCCGGAUUCCACGUACGUCUUGCCUCUGAAGAAAAGCAAAGUCGAGACGUUUGGUGAAUUGAUCGAACAUUGGAGUAACUAUACUAGCAUUACGUCAUCAUCGAUCAACGCGGAUGCAUCGUUCUACUCUGUGGUGAGCGGGUCUUUCUCGGAAGAACACCAGAGCAUUAAAAAGCACCAGGUCAACGACAAAUCCAUCACUACGAGAGUUAUGCUGCGAUACCACAUGUACACGAUUCGCAUGAACCCAGACGUCCAAUUGCAUCCGAAUUUCAAGGCGAGGAUGAUGGACAUAGCCGCUUACGUUGCGAACAACAACACCAAGAUGGCGGACUAUCUUCUACAGCUUAUCGUCAGGGACUUCGGAACCCAUGUUGUAACAGCAAUUGACGCCGGGGCAACUCUUGCACAAGUCGAUCAAGUCAAGAGCACCUUUUCCUCCAAUUACGAGAACCAGAAAAGCGAGCUCAAGGCAUCUGCUAGUGCGAACUUUUUUGGAAAGAUUGGUUUUAGUGCAGGUUUCAGUCAUUCGUCAAGUGAGACGUUCUCAAAGGAAUAUUUAAACAAUCGGACAUACUCUCAGAUACUGACCUAUGGGGGUCCACCUUUCCGGGUGAACUUCACCAUCAACAACUGGGAGGAUGGACUUAAUAAUGGCUUGGUUGCAAUCGACCGCUCAGGUGACCCACUACACUUCAUCAUCACGCCACAGAAUAUGCCGGAGGUGCCACUCCCGACACUGAUCAAGGUGACAGCAGGCUUGGAGAAGAUAAUAAAUCGAUACUACAAGUUCAACACGAUUCAUGGAUGUACUAGCGUUGAUAGUAAGAACUUUAACUUCCAGGCAAACUUGGACGACGGUUCAUGCAAAGCGCCGAGUAAUAACUUUACAUUUGGCGGCGUGUAUCAAACAUGCGACAUGGACCCGGAAUCGAGUGCGGGAUAUAUCUGUGGAGAUUUACUGCAAAAGAACCCACUGACUGAUGAUUACCGUUGUCCGAACAACUACGAAGCGAUCUUGCUGAACGAGGGAACAGUGUCAAAAUAUGAAACACAUAAAAAAUGCGACGUGUGGCUUAUUUGGUUCUGCUGGCCGUGGUGGUGGAAGUACCAUCGAAGUGUCGCCACACAUAAGGCUUAUUGGUGCGCAGCGACAGGCGAAGUCCAACAUGACUCCGGGUUCCUCUUCGGUGGGGUUUUCACAGCGACUAGUUCGAACCCGCUGACCAAAAGCCAAGGCUGCCCAGUGUACUACUACCCCCUUCGACUGGGAGAGCACAUGAAAGUCUGCGUGAGUGACGACUACGAACUCGGCUACAGAUACUCCGUGCCGUUCGCUGGUUUCUUUAGCUGUAAGUCGGGGAAUCCACUGGUCUUUAACGCACGUUUGAAGAGCGAACCGAAGGGCAAUGGCGAGCUGUCACUUAGCAGGUUCGUUCACGCAAGUGGAUCCCAUGCCUGGCCCCGUCGCUGCCCCUCUGGAUACAGCCAGCACCUAGCAACAGUGGAUGAAAACUGCGAGAUCGACUAUUGCGUCAAAGCGAACGCACUAGUCGACCAGGGCCUUCCCCAUAUCCGGAGACCACCGUUCAAUCCACAACCCGGGUUAGAACCGAACCAGACUGAGGUGCUCUUCUUGAUUGGUCAAUCGAGGCGGGUUUGGAUAAAGAAUGACACGACCCAACUCUGGGUCAGGUCAACGACCGCUGAACUCAAAAAGCAGUUCAUGUUCGAGCAGCGAGAAAGUUUUAUGGACGCGAUGGACGAGACUACCAAUGGAGGCCAAGUCGCUGGGAUCACGAUAGGGGUCACUGCUUUCGUAGGACUUGUAGUGGUGAUAGCGAUUGUCGCUUGGCGGCGCCACGGUAGGCAUGUGUCUGUUUACCGUAAAAAAGAUGGUGGUCUUGAGUCGGGAAGCAGCAAUGUUCCUUACGGCACAUUUGAAGAUGAUCCGAGCACAUCUUUGAACGCAGAUGGUGUGCAGACUGCUCAGGUUUAGUUAAAUACAAGUCCAAUGGGAACGUGGGCCAAAUUGAUAAGGUGGCCAAGUGAUGAUGUUGAAUUGGCCGUACCCAAAAACAUGGGUAGAGUCUUUCAAAAGUUGUUUGCAUCUGUGCUAUAAACAAUGAUGUGGGCAAAAUACAAUUUGGAGAGGAACUGAUGGCAGCCAUCUUGAAAUCAAGUAUGGCAGUCGCCUUGCGACGUGACCAAUGGUCGAGUCCGAAACCGAAAACCUACAUUGUCUACGCAAGAGAGCUAAAAAUUACUAUCGUCCGAUAUCCCACACCUUUCCACUAUAUUCCGUGAGGCCCAUGUACAGCAUGUCAUGCAUGUGGUCUGAUGACUGAGGCAGAUCUUUGCAGUGCCAGCAGAGCUGCUGGCAAAGUCUCUCACUUCAAGACCAAUGGUAGAUUACGUAAGACAAUGUUUCCCCAAGCUUUUAAGGUACGCGAGAAUAGUAAUGUUAUCUCACCGAUAUUUUGCCAUCUUGACCAGCCAGGUUAUUGAAUUUUAUCAAAAUAUACUGCAAUGACUGGUGAACUGUAUAACAGACACUGGUGUUUAGGAUGUUUGACUGAACUUCCUUUAAUGUGUAAGUUCUUUUUUAUUUUGGUGUAUUAACCACAGUUACCCUGGCAAAGUGCUAAGUCACGCCACAAAACAAAUACCAAUUUCAUAAAAGUUUACGAAACAACAAGACUUGUUUCGCUGGUUUAAUAUUAACAGCCGUUUAAAAUUUCGUAGGCUUCAAUUUGAAAUAACUACAAUCAAUGAAUUGAUAACCAGAGACACUGGACAGUGAAGAUCAGAAGUUAUAAACUCGGCACUGAUAAUGAAUGUGAGUCCCAGUAACCCAGGACAGUGACUUGCUUCUCAACAACCAACGUACAAUCUUCCCUUUUCUUUCAAAUUCAAGCCGUAGGGCGGCAGUAAAAAAUUGAUAAACAUCGAUUAAGUAGUUCAAGAAUGUGUUCUUAGUCAUGACGAGAUACAUAAUUGCAGUAAAAGUUUAUAGCCCAUGUGAAUAUCAAAUUGCUUGAAUAUUCACGAGUGUGGUCAUCAUGGUCAUAAUUAUAAAUCUUUAGAUAAACAGGAGGACGGUACUAAAUUCCUCCUUCUGAGAACAGUAUCGCAACUGAAAUACUGGUAAACUGCUGUGAAUUCGGCAACGGGUCCUCACGGUACCGUAGGACGGCAUCACUCAAUGUCAUGUCUGACUGGUCAUCGGAUCGGCUCGGGGGUGGCUUUAUAGUGAAUCCCCCCCCCCAAUCCCCCCCCCCCCUUUUCGCAGCAGUCCUGUGAGGUCGACGCACUCUUCGAGAUGCAGAGAGAGGUCAAUUUGGCUAUCAACACGUGCGUUUGUACGGCUCGGGACGAGGUCACAGUACUACAGCUACUUAAAAAAUGUGUAUACAUUCAGCUUUAAAAAUAUAUAAACAUUCAAGUAAAUCCUAAGUUAGAGUCAAUUAUCAGUUAGGCCUUGCACUUUAUGUACAG